GGGAAAUUGCAGAAGACGAGAAAACCAAAUUUUUGAUUAACUGAAGAAAAUAUAAUAAAAAUGGCAGAAAAUGAUCAGUCGGAGAGAGUGGCGGAUAGGUAUCUGAAACGCGAGGUUCUUGGCGAAGGUACUUACGGUGUUGUGUACAAAGCCAUUGAUACGAAGACGGGACAGACUGUUGCAAUUAAGAAAAUUCGUCUCGGGAAGCAGAAGGAAGGGGUUAAUUUUACGGCACUCAGAGAAAUUAAACUUCUUAAGGAGCUUAAAGAUCCGAAUAUAAUCGAGUUAACAGAUGCAUUCCCACUCAAAGGUAACUUGCAUCUUGUGUUUGAGUUCAUGGAGACCGACCUUGAAGCCGUUAUCCGAGACCGGAAUAUUUUUCUCUCACCAGCUGACAUCAAAUCCUACUUUCAAAUGACAUUGAAAGGGCUUGCUUUUUGCCACAGAAAAUGGGUUUUACAUAGGGAUAUGAAGCCAAAUAAUUUGCUAAUAGGACCCAAUGGACAACUUAAACUUGCUGAUUUUGGUUUAGCACGCGUAUUUGGGAGUCCAGAUCGCAGGUUUACUCACCAGGUCUUUGCUCGAUGGUACAGAGCUCCUGAGUUACUUUUUGGUGCCAAACAAUAUACUUCUGCCGUGGAUGUUUGGGCUGUUGCCUGUGUAUUUGCUGAACUUCUCCUACGACGACCAUUUCUGCAGGGCACAAGUGACAUUGAUCAAUUAGGAAAGAUCUUUGCAGCUUUUGGUACACCAACAUCUUCCCAAUGGCCAGAUAUGGUAUACCUUCCUGAGUAUGUAGAAUACCAAUUUGUUCCUGCACCACCUUUGCGUUCAUUGUUUCCGAUGGCCAGUGGUGAUGCUUUAGAUCUGUUAUCAAAAAUGUUUACUUAUGACCCAAAAGCUAGGAUUUCAGUGCAACAAGCAUUAGAGCACUGGUAUUUUUCAUCUGCACCUCUACCCACAGAUCCAGCUAAGCUCCCUAGGCCUGCUCCUAAGUCGCGAGCACCAGAUUUUAAUCCCCAGGAUGGUCCCACUGUCCUUUCUCCCCAACGAAAAUCAAGGAGACUAAUGGCAGGUCCCGAGAGGUUUGAAGGUAAUUCCAACCAAGAGCAGAAGAUCGUUGAGCGUGCUGGUGAAGUGGGACAGGCAGCUGGUGACAUUGCAGGAAAGAAUGAACAAGUGGCAAUUUCCGUAGAUUUUUCAAUCUUUGGCGCAAAGCCUCAGAGUAGACCUACAAUUAACAGUGCAGAUAGGUCGCAUCUGAAGAGGAAACUUGAUCUUGAAUUCCAGUACGAUGAAUAAGAAAUGACGAAUCCUUUGGAGGUUCUUAGUUAAAUAACCACCCCAGGUGGCCUCCCAUCUGCAACCUGGGUUUUAUUUGAUCAUUGUCUUCCCCCUACACAAAACAAAGAAGCAGCUACCACCGAGGCCGAGGAAUUUGUCUUUCAGAGGAUUUUCCUCUGCCUUGCAAAAUCUGUAAAGGAAGAAGCGAAAGGUGACUCCUUCAACAUUUUGAUGAAUUCUGUAUUAUUAU